CGACCGCAGCAGGGUCGCAAGGGAGAUGUCCACCCCCAGUCGUAGCCUCGGACGGUUUCUGAGCGUUGGUGUUUGGCACGCGCCACCCUCUCUUGCUUUGGUUCCGCCAUGCCGAUGUACCAGGUAAAGCCUUAUCACGGGCGCGGCGCGCCUCUCCGUGUGGAGCUUCCCACCUGCAUGUACUGGCUCUCUAACGUGCAAGGCAGGAGCGGCGGCCCAGCGCCCGGCGUUGGCCACCUACAGUCUUUGGUAGAUGAGUGGCUGGAUAGCUACAAGCAAGACCAGGAUGCAGGAUUUCUGGAGCUUGUUAACUUUUUCAUCUGAUCUUGUGGAUGUAAAGGACUCGGGGGACUAUCCUCUGACAGCUCCAGGUCUAUCCUGGAAGAAGUUCCAGGGCAGCUUCUGUGAGUUUGUGGGGACAUUGGUCUGUCGGUGCCAGUACAGCCUCCUCCAUGAUGACUUCCCUGUGGACAACCUCAUCUCCCUGCUCACUGGCCUCUCAGACUCACAAGUCCGCGCCUUCUGUCACACUAGCACCCUGGCUGCUAUGAAACUGAUGACCUCCCUGGUAAGAGUUGCCCUCCAACUGAGUCUGCACCAAGAUAGCAAUCAGCGUCAGUAUGAGGCUGAAAGAAACAAGGGGCCAGGGCAGAGGGCACCUGAGCGGCUGGAGAGCCUGUUGGAGAAACACAAAGAGAUACAGACUGAAAUGUUACCAGAUAAAAUGAUGUCAUGUCUGGGAUUCGCUUCAAAAUAAUUUGAGGUGGAAGUGGAAAGUGGAAACAACAAUUAUGAAACAACCUGGCCCAUGAGAUGAUAGCUGUCGAAGGUAGGUACGGUUAUACAAAAUUUCAUUACACUUUUCCCUCUACUUUUCUAAUAUAUUCUGAAUUUUCAUAACAAAAAGUUAAAUACACUUAAAAGUAGACAAAUACAUACUAAUUUGAGGUGGUGGUUAAGGACUCAGAAGUUACAGUCCAUGUGUCUGAAUGAAAGUAGUUUCUCAAACAUGCAGAUAUCAGAGAUUUGUAGGAUUCCUUCAAUGGAGACCCAUGUUUUCUCCACACAGAACACUGGUUUCUGAGCAAAAGUAGGCCCUCUUUCUGAAAACAGAUCUGACAAUAUGAAAGUGGUUGGCUACUUAACUGAAGAUACCAAAAGGAAAAAAAAAAAGGACACCAAAAAACUGGGUCUACAAAUGUGGUUGUUGGUUCUCCUUGUUUUUUUUUUCAAAUAAGGCUCGGUUUAGGAGCAGUCUAAUAGAGCAUGUGACUGCUAUACUUCCAACAGUAUCUUUGCAAAUAAAUACAACCCAUACAAUUCAAUUGUCCAUCCCACUUUUCCUGUUUGUUUAUUGCUCUUCAACAGCAGUUUCACCUCAUGCUUUUUAAUUUUUUCAUCCUAAGGCAAGGAAGAAGGAUCUUUAAAGUUGUUAAAAAAGUUUCCUGAAGUCAAGUAAUUCAUUAGAAAGUAUGUUUUAUCCAGAAUCCUAUUGUUUCACUGCAGAAGGAGCACUCAGUAGCUUGUCCAAGGUUAUGCCAAAGGAAGUCUCCUCUCUCUCGCUUAUCUGAAUCCUGUCCUUCCAAAAGAACAUGCCCAGGUCCAAUAAAUGGAGUUCCUAAAAGGACGGAUGUCUCCCAUUUAAAAAAAUAUUUCCCAGAGUCUCUAGGUUCAAUGUCCUACAAAUAAUCAGCAUUCAAGAUAUGAAUUUACUAACUUUUAAAAUCUAUACAAAUUUAAAAUUUUCAAUAUUAUUUUAUACGCAAUUAUCCUAUCUAUAAUAUUACUGUCUAGCAUUAUUAUAAAAGUAUCAUCACAAAUCCUAACGAUCAUUUCCACUAAACGCCUGAAAAGAUCAUGGGAGAUUUAAACUCUGAUGUGUGCUUUGGAAGUAGAAUCAGCUUUUGGAGAAACAAAGCUAGGGAGCACUUUUUGAGGCCGAUUACAUUUUUGGAAUUAUUUGCCAAGUUGUAUUGCCAAGUUGCAUUGCAGAACUUGUAAGAAAACUUUUUCCUUUUUUUAUUUUUAUUUUAUUUAUUUAUUUAUUUAUUUUUUGAGAUGGAGUUUCACUCUUGUUGCCCAGGCUGGAGUGCAAUGGUGUGGUCUCAGCUCACUGGAACCUCCACCUCCCGGGUUCAAGUGAUUCUCUUGCCUCAGCCUCCCAAGUAGCUAGGAUUACAGGCGCCUGCCACCACGCCCAGCUAAUUUUGUAUUUUUAGUAGAGACAGGGUUUCACCAUGUUGGUCAGGCUGGUCUUGAAUCCUGACCUCAGAUGAUCCACUCACCUUGGCCUCCCAAAGUUCUGGGAUUACAGUCAUGAGCCACGACACCUAGCCAAUUAUAACUAAACUUUUAAAAAUAUUUGUCCCCAUAGUUAGAAUUUUCAUUAGUGUAUUUAUCUUUUUCAUGUAGUCUUGUUUACAAAGGCCAUUUUAAAAGUUGCUGUCCCAGGCUUAUAAAGUAAUUUUAUAAUGUCUUCCUAUCAACCAUAUGAAAAGCAUUCAUCUCUGAGAAAGUAUCAUAAAGAAAUUCUACUGUAAUAAUUCAAAUAUUAAAGUAAACAUAAAAAAUUAUAUUGUAUGACAGAAUACCAAAAGAAAUAGAAAAUCUCUGCAAGAGGGUAUUUAAUUUCUGAUGAAAACAAAAUAGUACUCUUUACAAUUUGGCCUAUCACAUGACAGUAUUUCUCAAAAUCCUGCUAAAUUAAUGUUGGAGCACACUUCUUCAGGCAUUAAUGAUUUCAGUAAUGGUCAAUGGUAGUUGAUACAGAUAAGAAAUAACUGAUAGUGAUAUCAAAUCUAUACAUGUUUGACUCUCCCCACAUUUCUAAGUGAUCUAGACCAGAGCUAGGUUGUUUAUAUGGUAGCCACUAGUUACAUGUGGGCUAUUUAUAUUUAAAUUAAUUAAAUGUAAAUAAAAUUCAAAAUUAAGUUUCUUUGUUGCACUAGCCAUGUUUCAAGUACUCAAUAGCCACAUAUGGCUAGUGAGUACCAUAUUGGGUGGUGCAGCUAUGGAACAUGUCCAUUAUCACAGAAAGUUCUACUAAACAAGGUUGAUCUACAUUACAGAGGUUACUACUGAUGAAUGGAAAAUCUCAAAUAUAUACAUAAAUGUGUGUGUGUAUAUAUAUAUAUAUAUAUAUAUAUACACAUUUAUUUCUAUAGCAAUUUUCCUUUUGUUAUAGGAGGUUUCAUUAAAUAUGUCAAAUUUAAAUUUUUUUUCUGGAAAAAUUUAUAUUUUAAUGUAAACAGUUAAAAUUGUGCCAUGAGCAUUGUACUAUAGAUUUUCAUUUCCCUUGUAUUACAAGGAGAAUGAAUUCAAAAGAUUCCAUUUUCUCAAAAUAGUGAAUUAUAACAUUACCUGGUCUUCCCCUUCAAUUAGCAUUUUCUUUCUUUAUAAACAUCUAUUCUAAGCCCUCUCUGCUUCCAAUUUUACUCAGCCAAAGCCCACUUUUAUUAUGCAGCAAGGAAAUCCCACUUCUGGAGUUUGGUAGCACUUGCAGUCUCAAACUCCACACUUGUGAAGUUUGUGAGUUACAUAAAAAAUUAAAUUCCUAGCCAGGUCUUCCUAUUGGGUGAGGAGGCCCUUCCAAAGUUCCAGCGAAUUCCUUAGUCUGACAACUUUUCUCAAUUCAGAAAGAUGUGUUUGGUAACAUAUAUUAAAAGGCAGAAAUAUGCAAAUGCAUAAACAAUAGAAUUUGACAUCAUUAUGUGAUAAAGUGAAAUGCUCCUGCAGUUAGUUAUUGAACAUGAAGGACCUCUCUAAUUCUUCAGAGAAACUGUGAGAUAAUCUCUACCAUUUAUGCUUAGCAAGGAGCCAUGCUGCAGAGGAAAAGUAGAAAUACACACGAGUGACAAAAGCAAAAAAAAAUAUAUAUGAAGAACUCUGAAACCACCCUCAAUGAAAAGUAAUAUGUCUGUAUUUAAAGAGUAGGUAAAUCAUAUAGCGAAUUUAGAAGGUAAAAAACGAGGUCUAUAAUUACAUGAGUAUAUAGAAAAUGUUAAGUGUUUUCGUGAAAAGGUAUAUAAACAAUAAUGAAUAAUCAUUUCACAUUGAAAAUAAUUUAAUUUUAAAAGGAGAUAGUACAAAUAACAACAAAAAAAAAGUCGAAGUACGGAAAUAGUAGAAAUUUCAAAUAUUUUAGGAAUGUCUUUCUCCAGAGUAGCAUGUUGUUUAGAAACUAAAUUUCCACAGUAGAUUUCAUAGCUCCUGAACAUGAAUUAAAACUUUGAUAUUAGCUGCAGAAAUGUACAUUAGUUUGUGGGGAGGGGAUAAAGAAAAUAAUGUGCCAACCUCCCAACAAUUUCCCCAAACAGAUUUUUGCAUCUUGGUCAUUACACUUACUUUCAAGAUUCUUUUCUUGGUUUAAACAUGUAAUCUUGUCUCUUUGCUCACCUGCUCACUCUUCAAGCAAGCCUACAGCCAAAUAGAUUGCCAUACAUCUUUACCAAUAAACCAUUAUUUUCCAAGGAAUUUUUUCUUAAUUUUUAAAAUUUAACAAGUUUAACUACAAUUAAUAAAGUACUCCUGGCACAAGGACUCUGAAACAUUGUUUGGGUCUUGGAAAAGUUUGAAACUUCCAAUUCAUUAGGACUUUGAGUAACUAUUUUGUACCUAAGAAUGAGAAUUGAUGGAGAGAGUGGUACUAAGCACAUAAUUUUAUGAAAUAUGAUGAAAACAUGAGAGUUUUGUUAUGACGCACAUAACAAUAAAGAACCUGUUUCUUUUUAGCAGGCUCCUAAAAAGUACCUCCCUUAUAAUUAUUAAAUAAAAACACUCACUUAUUCAGUACUCAGCUAGCUUUUAAGAUCUGAAUAACAGAAGUACACAGUGAGAGAGGUACUUACAUGGUUUCCUUGGAUACUAGAUGAUGCCAUUCAGGUCUAUGUUUUUAUCUGAAAGUGGUGCCCUGUGGAGAAACAAGGCUUGGUGAGUGGCUGUUUAUACAUAGUAAGUAAAUAGGAACUUUGUUUAUUUUACAAAGCAUUUUUUAUUUUGACCCAGCUUUCCUUUUCUCAUCACACCCAAUUCCUGUAAACAGCAAUAAUAUGGUAGAACAGGUACUCUGUACAACUCUUUUUAACUCCACUUAAGAAAUCAUAAUUAUUAAGGCAGAAGCUCAGAAUGCUUUGGCUAAGGAUGUUACUCCUUGGGCUGCUUUAUAUAUCUUGACUAUUUUAUUUAUGUCAGACAUAUUAAUGAAUAUUGCCUGCCUCUCUAUUUUCCUCAAAAGGAAUAUUGCUCAAACCACUAAUAAAGAAAUUAGUCUAAAACAUUCACAUAAAUGAUAAAUGUCCUUACCUUAACCAAAAGAUAAGAGAACUCAAGCUUUAGCCAGUUUCUAAACAUGAAGGGUUUCCAUAGACCUUAGCUGCCAUUUUACAUGUUCCAGUGGCAUCCUGGAUUCCCAAUAGUUUUAGUGCUAUGAGCAUACGAUUUUGACAUUCAGUCCCUCAGAACUACACACAUUCUAAUUUUGGUAGUAUGAAUAAUCUCUCCUAUGUGAUAAGUUAUUUAACCUUCUAAUAUUUCUUAGAAUUGAAAAGAACAAAUGAGCUGCAGCAAAGAAUGGCAAAUAACUUUUAUGCUUAACACAAUUUAAUAACCUGAAAUGAAGUAAGUAUGUGCUAUGUUUCCAUUAAAAAGUUUCCAGCCACAAUUAAUUGAACGAAAACUUGUCUUGUUCCAAGAUUAUUCUUGGAAAUGUAAUUUUAAAAUCUGCUUGAAAUGAGGAAACUUACUUUUUUAUACCAUAUGAAAGCAAUUGCAUUUUUUAGGAAUGAUUUUUGGAUAGACUUCCGAUUGGAUAUUUUCCAUUGGAACUAGCAGCAUAGGGGGUCGGGAGGGGGGAGGGGAGGGAAGCAAUUCUGUGUUCUUUUGCCAGCACUGGCAAAGGUCUGGUUGUCAGUGAUACCUUUACAGCUAAAUUUACUCCAGAGUGACAGAAACAGGUGCACCUCGGCCUGCCAGACACUUGUGCAGAGAGAUCACGCAUCUCACGGCUUGACGAUCAAGGGGGCAAAGCCUCGGUCUUCAUAGAAAAGGAGAGGAGGCAAACGCAGCCCAAACUGGGAGGUUUCUCUUCAAAGCCAGCUGGUCUGGCUUUAUUCUACAGGAAUUUUUUUACCUGUCAGGGUUUGGACAACAAAGCCCUCAGCAGGUGCUGACGGGUACAACUUCCUGGAGAAGCAGAAAGGCACUGGUGAGUUUCAAUUGCCAAAAUAUAUUUUUUAAUCUCUAAAAGUUAAUUUUGUUGUCUUGAAAGAGGCACCACUGAGGUACCUGUGUUCACAAAGUUGAUGAGACCAUUGGAAUCAGAGCCAACUCACUCAACAGUGGGUUUGCCUUAUGUGAAAGUAAAGCUGUUACCAUAUAACAAUUUUUUAGUUUUUUUUUUUAGGUUUAAAAAAAGAUUCUAUUUUUAAAUAUUGGUCUCUUUCAUUACUGUUUUCAAUAUUUGGAAGAUGAAGAGUUAAUUACAUUUAUAAUAUUACGCGAUUUAACACACAUUUUAGUCUCCUUUUUAUCUAAUUCUGUCAUAAUCUUUUCUGAAUAAAAAGUUAUUUUCUAAUAAAUCUCCCAAAUAAAAAGGUGUAAUGGUACAUACUAUUUUCAAAAAUUACAUGUACUGGGUUUUUUAAAAUGUGUGCAUGCUACAAGAACAUGAUUAGAGAGAACAUGCAAUUAACUUUAUUUUAAUACAUUUUAAAAAUAUACAUUGCAUGUAUAAUUAAAUAAUUUAAAAUAUAUUGCAUGUUUAAUAAUUAAAUAAAAGUAAAUUGUAUUGUAGUAAAUAUUAUUUAAUAAUUAAACGUGGCAGUAUUUUCUCAUUACUUUACAAAAAGUGUCUUUUGAGAAAAAUCUUUGAAAUUAACAACCAAGACGGUAUUAAAGCAUGUUUUUACAUCACUGAUUUCCAAAAUUUGUAUAUUUGUAUAUUUUUUAUUU